AUGUUUAUUUGCUGCAAUACCAAGCCUAAAUAAGAUAAGUAUGCAAUAAGUCUAAAUAAUCUUAUUAGAUCUCAAAAAAAUACAUCGACUACAGCAAAUUCUGAUGUUGAAUCAAUCAAGUAAAGUAAGUGUGAGGAAUAAAUACACAAAGAACCAGUCUAAGACACCGCAAAUAAAUAACUAAUUAUGGAAUUGAAUUAAAAAGACAAAAAGCUUUAAGAGAUUUAAAAUAUAGUUAACAGAAUUAAAUCAUACCGAGAAGAAGGUAAACUUAACUUGAGGUAUAUAUAAUAUUUAAGUUCUUUAGCAUUGAUAUAGAAAAAUCAUUUGUAACAUCUUUAAUUGAAGAGGAUAUACCAACUCUUUAUUUUGUUGAGUACAAAUGGGCUGUUAAUUAUACAACAUUUUUGGAAAGAAGGAUUUAGGAAGUGCCAAAAAAAAUUAAUAAUACUAAAUUGUUGACUGAAGACAAUGCUCAAAAAGAACUAAUCAUAAUCAAAUCUUAAAAGGAUUCUUAACUUCUACCUGGUUUAUAACCAGAUAAACAUUAUGUGCUUUUAAAUGAGAGAUCAUGGACUUUUAUACAUCUCUUAUAUGGUGGAGGACCCAAGAUAAUAAUAGAUUUAGAGAAACCUGUAACAUCUCCAGAUAUUAUCAAUGAUGGUUAAACUAAUGUUACUUCCAAUACAGCUAAUACAACCAAGUUAUCAAUAGAGCCUUUGAUUGAUAUAGCAAAGUUAGAGUACAAUAAUUUGGAUGAUUCAGAUAAAUCUCCAAAUACAAAUACUACUCGAAGACCAUAUCCAUAGAAAACUAAUAUAAUAAAAAUUGAACCAAAACCUUAUGAACUUCCUUAUGUAGGUCUACAAAAUCCAAAAUAUUACUGUUAUAUGAAUUCAGCUUUACAAUGUCUUUUGAGUAUAAGAGAAUUAAAUGAUUCAUUAUUAAAAUAGUAAAAGUAAUCAAAUAAAAAAUUUACAAUGGCAUAUCAAGACUUAUUAAGACUUGUACAGAGUUCUAUUCCUGGAUCAGCUAUUUCUGUAGAGAAACUUUAAAAUAUGUGUUUAAAUAAAUUUAAAUACUCAUAAUAGUAAGAUGCUCAUGAAUUCUUAUUAUAUCUCUUAUCUGAAAUUUAACAAGAAUUAGUAGGAAAGAAUAAAUAUUAAAAAGAAGAAUUUCAAAAUGCUUUAGAAGCUUGGGAUGUUUAUAGAAGUAGAAAUCCUGAUAUAAUAACUGAUUUAUUUGCUGGUUAGAUAGCAAGUAAAUCACAUUGUCUAAAAUGUAAAGAAAUUAGUGAGGGCUUUGAUCCAAUUUUAGAUUUGAAUCUUCCUCUAUCAAAAUAUUAUAUACCCAGAGAAUUUAAAUUAUAAGAUUGUCUUUAGAACUAUUUUAAAGAAGAGUAAAUCAAUGAUGCUUGGAAAUGUGAUAAAUGCUAAUUUGUUAAUAAAUCUGUUCUUAGAAAGAUAUAAAUCACUUAGACUCCAAAAUAUCUUAUUCUACAUCUUAAACGCUUUACUUAAUUCCCUAAAAGCUAAAAGAUUACUGAUGAAGUAACUUAUCCAGAAAUUCUCGAUAUUAAAUAGUAUAUUAUUAAAUUAAUCUUUAGGUUUUGUGCUGAAAAUGUUGAAUACACAAAAUAUACUUUGAAGGGUGUUAUCUCACAUAUGGGAUAGUUAAAUGGAGGACAUUAUGUAGCAUAUGCAUAAAGGUAAAAUACUUGGUAUCAUUUUGAUGACAAUAUUGUAACUAAAGAUAAAAAUAAUCAACAUCUCUCAGACAAGGGUGCAUAUAUAAUUUUUUAUGAAUAACUAUGA